AUGCUAACUUUUCCUCUAUUAGAGGGCCUCCUUAAACUGCCCCGUUUUGGCAGGCCGCUUUUUUGCACUCAUUUAUUUUCUACUUUUUCACAGACUAAGGGCCCUCCUGACCCCAAAUCUCCUCUUUUUGUAUCUCCACUGUAUCAAUUUUUUGAAGAUGGCGUUCCGGUCCCAGACGCCAAUUCAGAAAAGUUCCAUACUUUUGUGGCCAUUUUAAACGAGGCCGAUAUGUUGACAAAAGAUGCUCAACAUGCACUUCGAAGAACCAUGGAGAAAUAUAUGACCAAUCUCCGCAUUAUUCUGUUCAGCUCUAAUCUUGGAAAAAUAAUUGAGCCUCUCCAAAGCAGAUGCGUAUUGGUUCGCGUUCCGGCGCCCGAGGAUGAACAGGUAUUCCUCUCUCAUUAUGCUUGUUUGUAG